AUGAAUCAAUCCAGAGGGUUCAGCCGAAAGAAUGUCUUGACGACUGCAUAUCUAGUGUUCUUUCUUCCUUUGCUUGGAAUGGUAGCAUAUCAGGCUACAUUCAUAAGAACCGUGGACGUGGAGGAUGGUGUAGAGGUUAGUAGGGAGGAGUUCAGUGCUCCCAAUCUGCAACCACACCAUCGGAACCGAGGCUCGGAAUAUAUCAUGUGGGCUCAGAAUGAGUCUUAUCAACAUUACUGCAGAAACCACUUCUUGCCGGACAAAGAGUGGGGACGUCGUCUUGCGCCAUUGGUAGACAAAGUGGAAGUAAAACGCAUCGUCGCAGGGUGGGCCAUUCCAGAUCUGAAGCUUGUUCCUACUAUUGCAAUUUUCAACAAGUCGCACACAGAAUCAUUUGGCAUUUCUGAUAUGCCAGAUGGGAGCAUCAUGAAAGCGUCACACAUGUCAGGAAGGGUUUCCAGAAUCGUCAACGGAACGUUUACAUGUUUCAAGAUGUGUGCGGGGCUUGGGAAUAAGCCAAUUCGAAAGGAAGAAGGCGCAAGAGAACGAUUUCAAGGUAUCUUGAAAAAAAUGCUUAAGGCCAAGAUGAGAAGACACAACGAGCCACAGUAUGAAUUCAUCAAUCCAACCGUAAUCUUGGAGGAACAAUUGGACAUGAGUAAAUUCCGUGAUGUCACUUAUUGGUAUGUUUCGGCGGGAGUUCCUGUCUUUGUGAGCAUGGAAUGCCAAGAACCCAAUACCACAGUGCUUCACAGAAAUUUCUAUAAUGCGGAUUUCGAAAUGCUUGAAAUGAAAUUUUUGAGAAACCCAUGUUCCGUUCCGGUCGCAAAACCAGGCGCCUGGGACAAGAUGAGAAAUAUCGUCCAUGAGCUUGGCAAGCGCUUGCCAAAGGAAAUUGUGCGCAUUGAUCUUUAUUCCAGUGAUGAUGAAGUUUACUUUUCCGAAUUCACAUACACAGGAUAUGCUUGUCAGAAAAGAUUCACCCCAUGGAUUGCUGGAGGGCUCUUGUCUGCCUUGCAUGGAGAUACAGUGGAUCCUGGCAUCGUUUCGCCUCAAUACGUCAAAGAUACCAUUCAAGGGCAUUCCUGGUCCUAUGCCCCAAUGCAUGGUCUUUCGCUGAUUCCUGAAAACGCGUCAUCCCACCCUUCACCAGUGGACUUGUGUUCGGCAAUCUACAGCGAAAUGGAUGCUGAAUUGCAGGAACACUGUCUUGGAAAGCUCCGACCAAAUGCUGCAAAAGUCCCAUUCCGAUGCAUCGUCUCGAAUGAUAUCGGUGAUCACGAGCAUCGCCAUGCAUCUCUAACCUUUAUUGGUGCUGUGAAGUACCCGACAUUUUCGGAUCUCAUGAAACGAGUGGAUUGGGAUCGUGCCAUUAUUCUGAUUGCUCUGAUAUGCUACUUUACAUACAAUCAGAUUGGGACAAAGCAUCAUCAGAACCAAUAUCGCAACAAUGCCAUGUACUUGUUUGUUAUGUCAAUUUACAUGUACCUGUUUACCGAUCACAAUGGGUACCUCUCAAAAAAUUCACUCUUUGACGUGGUCUACGAGAGUUUCCGCGCAUUCAGGGCAGUGCACCCAAUGAGCUCGCCAUUCAUUUGUUUGUCACACUUUGUAACCUAUUGGUUCAAGAUUGCAUCUUGGAGAUCGAAGUCACUUCGCAACUUGCUGUUUUGGCAGCUCUGCGUCGAAUUGGUGAGCGCCUCGACCAAUGAAUUCGCCCAUCAUUUCGAAGACUUGGACCAUGUGCGAUGUAUGCGCCUAUCCUUCAUCCAUCAAAUGCAGAACUAUGUUAUCGACGAGCUGAUUCGAACAUACAUUGUUCCACCCUUUUUUGUUUACCUCUACCUUCUCCCAACGUUCUUAUUUCACUGGGCUGGUAUUCUUAUCAUGAGUAUGGUAUCGCUCAUAUUCUAA